AUGUGCUUGGGUGACGAUUCGCUGACAGACCAAACCGACACCAACACCACCAAUAGCACGACCGAUAUAGAGUUGGGUCAAAGCAUUGUGAGAGCUUUGGCUACCGAGCUUGCAAGUUGUUUGGAGGAGGGAACCCAAAUGGAAGCUAUAAUUAAGAAUGGGGCGUUAGAAUCAGCACACCAGACCACCCCUACGACCGAAUUUCUCAGCAAAGAAAGCAGCACUCAUAGCGCCCUGUGGAGGUCGACCCGAGAAGAUCGGUCAAGAAAAGAAGCACAAAGGGUUGCAAAUCGCAUGGGUGAUAUGUCGGAAAAAGUAGACGUGCAAGGUGACGGCGACCCAUCCGGAGUGGUUAGCGAACGCGACAGGGUCGUUCGAGAGACCAAAGUCCUUUUUGAAGGAAGGUCUUUGGAGCUAAAAGGAGAAGUCCCAACCGAAACUGGUUCGAGCGCGCGUCAGCCAUGGAAUCAUAACAGGCCAUGUGAAUUUGCAAGCAACGCCGAAGUUGCUGCACUUUGCGAUGGCGUUUUCGACGAAAAAAAACAGAUACUUACAGCAUACCUCCCCAGCAUGCACUGGCAGCCAUCCUGUAGGGCAAACAACACCGAUCAGACGACUGAGUCAUGCAGAUCAAACACGACACACAACGCACCAGUAGUAGCGAGGGUUAGCCUUGAUGUCUUGAAAGACCUUGACGGUCUGCGAGAAAGGAUUCCAACCCAUGGCGAUAUCGGUAAACUUGGGACUGGUCUCUGGCACGACAGGUGUAUGGAGAGACUGUGGGGAACUGAAAACCAAUUCUGGGCAUUGAUUUCGAAUGAGUGGGAAGCCCCGUUGGAGCCAGGCACACAGGGUCUCAGGAGACGAGAUAAAGCAUUUCUGGACCAAAUGGUGAUAGAAUCACCGGCCUACUGCAGAAGGCCAGCGGCUGGUCCCGGACCGUGGCGAGACGCCCCCUGCAAGGCCCUCUCGAUUGGCAGAGCCUCGGAAAUGACAGACGUGCAGACAGCACGGGCGAAAGGUCACCGGCGGGCCGGCGCAACGAACGGCUUUCACAGUAGUACACUCCUCCAAUAUUCCCAAGCUGGCCACUUUCAGGCGAUUUUGCUCUCGCAUGAUAUUCUCCUGGAGGGACUGAUCUUCAGAAAGAGGGAACAGGCACUGAUGGAAGACGGACAGAUUGCGCACGAACAAGUCGGAACAGGGCGGUCACUGACAGGCGAGCUAAUUCGUCGCGCAGCGACGCACAUUAACCUUUUUGCAUGCGAUAAUGGGACUCGGGAUGUGGACCGGGCCUCGGUUGCAGUUCGUGUGAAAUCGAGUGCAACAAUGGACGUCUUCCCAGUAGAGAUUAUCCAGCAAAUCCUGCAGAAUCUGCGGCCUAUCAUCGUGCCAACUCCCGCCAAGAUUGACGACCCGAGUGUGGUGACAAACUGCAACCGCAACUGGUGGGCCGGUCAAUCCGCUAGCUCCGAUGCACAAAAGUCAAAUCAUCCACUCGACAACACCCCGAAUUUGACAAUAGAUGCUAGAGCGGUCCAGG